UCUCUCUCUCCCCACCCCUUCCUUCCCCUUCUCUGGCUCUUCUAUAAAGAGAGAUCUUGGUGAAUUCACCAUUUAUUAAUGCAACUAAGGUCUUCCAGCUGGAUGUUCAAGCCUUCAAGAACCAAAGAUUCCACGUCUUGAAAACACACUUGUCCAUUCCUCACUUCAAGGUUUGUCUUUGCUCUUCUGAGUCUCCAGGCUUGUCCGUUUCCUUCCCUAAGGCGCGUUGAGGAAGCCUUUCAAGCGCAAAGGUUUGAAGGUCUAUGAAGUCCCUUUUAUAAGUCUGGUUGAGUUGUUUUUGGAGCUGGAGGGGUUUUGAGUAUAUCUUAAUGGCUGUCGGCUUUCCAAGGGUGGAAAGUGAGUAGAAAGGAGACAAGACCCUUGCUUCUUCUAGCUUUUAACGGAGUUCCCUUCCUUGGAUAAAGAAGGAACGAAAUCACAGGUAAAGAUUUAAUGGUGCAAGAUGACCGCUGACCAAAUGAAAGAGAAUCAAAUGGAGAGAGUAAUAUCUCCUUCAAUACGCUGCCUGCCUGAAUUAAAGAUAGCUUGCAUCAGGGAGAAAAGAGCCUAGAGGAAAGGGGAGAAAAAAUACUGGGAAAAAGAGGGAAGGGAAGAGAAGAUGCCGACAGUUUGGUUUGCUCUGAAGAAAUCCCUCCACUGCAAAUCUGAGCCAUCUGAUGUCCAUGAUCCCAAGGCCAGGGUGCCGUUGGGAGCCAUUUUGACGAGGAGACCAGGGAGGUCUGGGUGCUCUAGAUCUAUUGCCAACCUCAAAGAUGUCAUCCAUGGGAGCAAAAGGCACCUCGAGAAGCCACCAAGCUGCAGCCCAAGGUCCAUUGGGAGCAGUGAGUUCCUGAAUCCAAUCACACAUGAGGUUAUCCUUAGCAACUCCAGGUGUGAGCUCAGGAUAACUGGUUUAGGGGGCUGCCAUGAGGGGGAGGCUGGGGUUGGCUCAAGCUACGUGGGUACUCUUAAGCCAGGCACCCCAGGGCCAGGGGGCCACUUCAGUCUCCGGCACAACCCUUCCUUCAGGGGAACCAGCGCCACCCCUCCGAGGAGGUCACCUGGCUUGUUUGCUGACAAGGAGGGCUAUGGCAUUGGGGGUUCAUCUCUCUCUAGUGCUGUGUUUGGUAAUGGUGGUGGUGGAGCUCUUCAUGUUUCCUUAACUCCAAGGGCCUCUCAUGAAGCAGGGUCGCAUGGAUCCUCUGCUAAUAUCACCUGCCACAAAUGUGGAGAGCGGUUUGGGAAGUUGGAAGCCUUGGAACCUCACCAUCUCUCCAAGCAUGCAGUCACUGAACUUGUGGAAGGAGACUCCUCUAGGAAGAUAGUCGAAAUUAUAUGCAGAGCAAACCUGGUGAAGUCUGAGAGCAGUUGUUGGCGGAUAGAGAGAGUCCUCAAAGUCCAUAACAUGCAAAAAACUCUUGCCCGCUUCGAAGAAUACCGGGAAAUGGUGAAGCUUAGAGCCAGCAAACUCCCGAAGAAGCAUCCCCGUUGCCUGGCCGAUGGCAACGAACUGCUAAGAUUCUAUGGCACCACAGUUGCUUGUUCUCUUGGCACGAAUGGCACUUCAAGCCUGUGCUCAUCAGAGAAGUGCAACAUAUGCCGGAUUAUAAGAUACGGAUUCUCCACGAAGAAGGAGCUGAAGGGAGGUAUUGGAGUGUUUACGACUUCGACCAGCGGGAGAGCAUUUGAAUCUAUUGAAAUAUAUGAGGAUGAUCCGAAUAUAAAGAAGGCGCUGCUGGUUUGUAGGGUGAUUGCAGGCAGGGUUCACAAGCCAUUGGAUAACUUCCAAGAGUUAGCAGGAGAGUCCGGGUUCGACGCAUUGGCUGGAAAAGUAGGCCUGUAUGCCAACAUUGAGGAGCUCUACUUGCUCAGUCCGCGAGCCCUUCUACCAUGCUUUGUGGUAAUCUGUAAAUCCUGAAGAAAUUAACCUUUUUCUAUGUCACAUCUUGAGUUAAAUCUGAAAUGCUUUUGACUCUGUACUCAUGCACAGCGCUGCUGAGUUUAUUGAUUACCCUUGCUAAGGAUUCAGGUCUCA